UGCCUGGAUGAGCCUACUACUGGCAUCAGUGAAAAUGCGAGUCGGUCGCUCUGGAAAAACCUAAAGGGCAGGACGGUAAUAGUAGCAAGCCAAAACAUGGAUGAAGUAGCCUCAAACUGCUCCAGGAUCGGUGUUCUAGUCUCUGGCGAAAUGAAACCUCCAGAAGAGGUGCAAAACAUGCAGGCACAAAAUUCUCGCACCCUAGUCCUCAAAAUGAAGGUUCAAGGAAAGCCACAAGAUCAGCAAGAAGUCCUUCGAAAACUUGCAUCCGAUAUGUCUUCCUUUCAAGGUUCAUCUCUAACAAAACGAGUAGGUUGCUGUGUGGUGUAUAAUCUGUCUCAAGUACAAAUGGACAAGGUCGUCCAAUUUGUCGAAUCGAAAAAAACUGCAUGGAAAUUGGAAAGCUACUCGGUCAGUCCGGCCUCACUAGAAGAUGUUUUUAUGAAACUAGAUGAUGAAAAAAAGGAGGCGUUCAGAUUUUCCUCUUCAAGUGAUGAUUCAGAGAAUGACAAAAAGGAAAAUUCAAUGAAAAAAACUGCCCAGCCUAAAGGAUAAAAAAUUAAAGCAUAGUGAAACUCAAAAUUCGACAUUAGAAAUUUAGCAAUAUCAUAAUUAACAUAAUUCUAAAUGCUUUAUAUGUAUUUACUUUUAUAAAUUUCCGAUUAACCCUUUAAAACGUAAAACUAAUUACACCGAAAUUAAUAUAAA